AUGUUCGACGACUCAGAUAGUGCGUCAUCCGAAGAUGAUAACUUCAGCUCAUACGGUGAGUCUCCAGCACAAGACGAAGAUUCACAGACACCACCGCCUAAAAGUAGAUCUAAGAACUUGUGGAUGGGCGGAUGCAAAGAGGAUCCCGAGGUUCCACGGUUAGAGAUGUCUUCGCUAAACCUUGCUGUAGGUCAACGAUAUGAAAGUAAAGCCGAGUUAGAAAGACGACUGAAACUUCUUUCAGUGAAAGAUGAAUUUGAUUUUGAUGUGGAAGUAUCCAAUCCAGAUUUACUCAUUGUUAAAUGUUGGGUUGCUGGAUGUAUCUGGAGAGUUCGUACUUCAACACAAGGGGAUUCUCCGGCAUUCUAUGUUCGUAUUUACAAGUCGUUACAUUUAUAUUCUGUAACUGAGCAUUCUAAUCGAAGUCGACAAGCAACACCAGAUAUUUUAGGGCAAUUGUACAAGGACUAUCUCGGCGAUGUUGGUCCAGCCGUUCGACCUACGAGUAUCGGAAUAGCUCUCAAUAAGCAGUUUGGUCUCAAGAUGUCUUAUUGGAAAUCAUAUAAGACGCUGAAAUUUUCAAGGGAAAUCGAUGAGGGAACACCUGAGAGUGGGUUUGAAAACUUGCCUUCUUACUUAUACAUGAUAAGAAGUGCAAAUCCGGAUACAGUAACGCGUCUUCAAAUCGAUGAGUUUGGAAGAUUCAUGUAUAUGUUCCUUGCAUUUGGUGCGAGCAUUAAUGGGCUUCCUAUCAUGCGCAAAGUUGUUGUUGUCGACGGUACGUUUCUUAAUGGCAAAUACAAAGGGACGCUUCUAACCGCACUAGCUCAGGAUGGCAACUUUCAGAUUUUUCCAAUAGCAUUCGCUGUGGUCGACACAGAAAAUGACGAUUCGUGUCACUGGUUUUUUACGCAACCAAAACAUUUGAUACCAGACGACAAGGGUCUUGCGAUAAUCUCAGAUACGCAUAAGUCGAUUGGGAAGGCUAUUCGAAAUGUGUAUCCGUUAGCUUCUCGGGGAAUUUGCACGUACCAUUUAUAUAAGAACAUUUUGGGACGGUACAAAGGAAAAGAUGUAUUUCGUCUGGUGAAGAAAGCGGCGAGAUGUUUUAGGAUGCCUGACUUUACUGCGAUUUACGAGGAGAUUAAAGCGAUUUAUCCUGAACUUCACGGCUACCUCGAAAGAGCAGAUCCUCGAUUGUGGGCGCGUGUUCAUUUUCCGGGCGAAAGAUGGUUUGCUGAACGGAGAGAUGUUGCUGCAUCGCAGCCAACCACGCUUACACGCUGUGUAGAGAAACUACUACAGGGUCGUGUUACUACCGCGAGACUGUUGACGGUUCAAAGGAUCGAUGCUCAUCACACUGAAGUUACAUAUGGUGAGUCUUUGCAUGUUGUUAACUUGGAAGGGAGAAAGAGCACAUGCAGGCGUUUCGAACGGGAGAGAAUUCCAUGUUCGCAUGCAAUCGCAGCUGCGGAGUCCAGGAAUGUUUCUCGUAUAUCCCUGUGCAGUCCUUACUAUACCAACGCUUAUUUGGUGUGCCAUACGCUCAAUCAGUCAUGCCGGUUGAUUCAGCGCAACCAGUUCCAGAUAACGUGGUUAACCUACCAUUCUUUCCCCCGUCUAUUCGUCGUCAGCCAGGAAGGCCUAAGAAAAAUAGAAUGA